AUGGAGAAAAACAAUCUCGCCAAUCCAUCAAAUUUGAUUCAAUCUACCUCCAAUACAACCAAAUUCAAGAAGGCCAAAAAUCCGAAAAAAUCAAGAAAGUCAAGAAAAGCACCAAAAAGAUCACAAGAUGCAUUAGGCAAUGACAAGAAUCACAUUGAACGAACAACUAUGGAUGAUAUCGUCGUUCUUGAUGAUGUUUCAGAUACUGAAGGGUAUGAUGACUAUGAUGGACAUUACGAUAAUCCACAGUCUUCUGAAAUAUCGAACGUUGCCCCACAGUUAAAAGUCAACCUCUUGGCUUCAAACGAGGACUUCAUAGCGCUGUCAAAUUCAAGUUCAGAUGAAGAAGCUACAGAUAAAGUAAAAGCGCAACCAACAAAGAAACCUAUUAGCGACGGUGUGAGUUCCAGUGUCGAUACCACUCAUACUGCGAAACUUCUUACAACAGAUUAUCCCUGGAUAAUCAAUCAUGAUCACUCCAAACAGAAAGAAAUUGCUGAUUGGUUAACUAUGGAAAUCAGAGACUUUGUCUCUUACAUUUCACCAAGCAAGGAGGAGAUUAAGGAACGUAAUGAUACAAUUGGCCGAAUCCGUGAUGCUGUCAAUCAUUUUUGGAAUGACGCUAAUUUGCAUGUAUUUGGAUCAUAUGCUACAGACCUUUAUUUACCCGGAUCUGAUAUUGAUUGUGUUAUAAUUAGUGAGAAAGGUGACAAGGAUAGCAGAAGUAGUUUGUAUGCAUUAGCGAAUUUCUUGAAGAAAAGAGGACUUGCAACUGAUAUAGAAGUUAUAGCAAAGGCUCGAGUUCCUAUUAUUAAAUUUAUCGAUCCACGUUCCAAAAUUCAUAUAGACGUUUCGUUCGAAAGAAUAAAUGGGUUGGAAGCAGCAAAACUUAUAAGAGAGUGGUUAAAUGACACACCUGGCCUACGAGAAAUAACGCUUAUUGUCAAACAGUUUUUACAUGCACGAAGGUUGAACAACGUCCAUACAGGGGGGUUGGGAGGUUUUAGUAUCAUAUGUCUUGUAUUCUCGUUUCUACAAAUGCAUCCACGGAUCAUCUCGAACGAAAUUGACCCAAUGGAAAAUUUGGGAGUUUUGUUAGUUGAGUUCUUUGAACUCUAUGGGAAGAAUUUUGGUUACGAUGACAUAGCGAUAACCACCGCUAAUGGUUAUCCAAUAUACCUACCAAAAUCAGAUUGGAAAGGUUUACAGCAACUGCGAAGUUCCUUUUCCUUAGCUAUACAAGAUCCUGGUGAUGCAACAAACAACAUCAGUCGAGGAUCGUUUAAUUUACGUGACAUAAAGAAGGCAUUCGCUGGCGCGUUUGAUCUCUUGACGAAUAGAUGUUUUGAACUAGAUACAGCAUCGUUUAAGGAAAGAAUUGGGAAAAGUGUACUGGGAAAUGUCAUCAAAUAUAGAGGUAAACAGAGAGAUUUUAAGGAUGAGCGUAGUCUAGUCAUUAAUAAAGCGAUCAUUGAAAAUGAGAAUUACCACAAGAAACGUAGUACAAUAGUACGCGAAGAAUUUAUUGAGUCAACUGAUGAUACCAAUGAUGAAAAAGAUGAUAUUUAUAUCGUCGAAGAACCGCCUCUCAAGAAGCAGAAGCCAAUGCUUAAGAAAAAAGAAAGCAGAGGCGUAGUAAAAAUUAAUGCUCAACGCGAUAAUAUAAUAGCUGCCACACCGCUAACAACACCUAUAGCUAUACCCGGUGAGCAAGAAAAUAAUGAUGAUUAUAAUCCCCUUGACUGUUAG